AUGACGCUGUACGCCGACCUUUCCCGGCAAUUGCACGAUGCUUCGUACGUACGGCUGGCGGUGUAUUUGUCCGUAGGAGCUGGCGGUCUCUACGUCGUUUCCAAGGUGCUUCGAGAGCUUGUCCAUCGGUUGUCGCCAAGCGUCCUCCCAGGAGAACCUAACGCAGCGCUCCUCGCCACUCCUAGACCGAACACUGGAGAGGUAUCCGCCAAAGACCUCACCAAUACCCGAGAGUACGACUAUGUGAUCAUCGGUACUGGAACAGCAGGCUGCGUCCUCGCCAAUCGACUCACGGAAGAUGCCAACACCACCGUACUCGCGAUCGAAGCUGGCCACUCCGACCUGAAGCAACUGUUCUCCCGCAUCCCAGCAGGCUUCGGCCGUCUCCUCGGGACAGCAGCAGACUGGGCUUUCCACACCGCCAAAGAACGAGAAUGUAACGAUCGAGAACUUUUCUGGCCGCGUGGCAAGAUGCUCGGUGGCUGCUCUGCAAUCAACGCCAUGAUCUACAACAAAGGCUCUCCGGACGACUACGAUGAAUGGGAGAAACUAGGUAAUCGUGGCUGGGGCUGGAAGAACCUCGCCAAGUACGCUACUCGUGCUGAAGGCUUUCACUCGACCGACAUUUCUGCCGAAGACCUGGCAUCCCAUGGUCGCACGGGGCCGUGGCAAGUUGGAUACUCGCAUGCUCAUGCUCUUUCAAAGAUGUUUCUGGAUGCUUGUCAGGCCGUUGGUAUUCCGAAGAUUAGUGACUUCAAUACCGAGAAAGGCAUGAUUGGGGCUUCGAAGUUCCAAUCAUUCAUUGACGCCAAAGGACAGAGAUCAUCGACUGCAGUGGCGUACCUGAACGAGAAAGUGGCAGGGCGUCCGAAUCUGAGCAUUGCCACGGAACAGACUGUCACGAAGAUCAUCUUCGAUACUUCCGGAUCUGAGCUUCGUGCUGUUGGCGUCGAGAUGGCAUCUUCCAAGGCUAGCCCCAUCCGCUAUAUCGUCAAAGCAAAGAAGGAAGUCAUCCUGUCUGCCGGCGCUGUGGCGUCACCACAAAUCCUAAAGCUCAGCGGUAUCGGACCAGCCGCCGAACUGAAGAAAUAUAACAUCCCUAUCGUUAAAGACAUCCCCGGCGUAGGCGAGAACCUCGCCGACCAUCUCACCGGAAUAGCCGUCUUCAGCUCUAAGCUGCCUUCUCUGCAGUACCUCUUCGAUCCGAUCAAGUCACUGCCCGCAUUGAUCGAGUGGAUGCGUUUCGGCACCGGCGCCAUGACGACCAACGCGGCAGAGUGUGGAUGUUUCGUGCGAGUGGAAGAUCGCGAUGAUGCUCCUGAAUCGAUACGCAAGAAGGACUUGACGAGUGGCAAGAAUGCCCCUGAUCUGGAGUUGCUUGUGGCACCGCUGUCGUAUAUUGAUCAUGGGAAGACGAUUGCUGAUACUUCGAAGAACUGGUUCUCCAUCGGUCCCAUCCUCCUGCGUCCCGAAUCCCGUGGCAACAUCCUACUCGCUUCGUCGUCCCCCUUCGACGCCCCCAUAAUCAACGCAAACUACCUCUCCACCCAACACGACCGCGACAUGAUGACCUACGGUAUGCGCCUGACCCGCUCCGUCGUGCACUCCGCGCCCUUCAAACCCGCCUUCUCCUCCUGGUACCUACCCUCCAAAAUGGCCGAAGCGACCGAUGCGGAGUUGCUAGAGUCGGUGAGGAGUACGAGCGAGACGAUCUACCAUCCGAUGGGGAGUUUGAAGAUGGGGAGGAGCGGGGAAGAGGGGACGGUUGUAGAUGAUGAGUUGAAGGUGCAUGGGGUUAAGGGAUUGAGGGUGGUGGAUGCGAGUAUUUUCCCUACGCCGGUGGCUUGUCAUCCUUGUGCGCCGGUUGUGAUGAUUGCGGAAAGGGCUGCUGAUUUGAUCAAGGGGUUUGCUUGA